AUGGCUCAAUCUUUAUAUUUCAGCGUUCUUCUCAUCGCUCUCUGUUCAUUAUCUGAAUGCAUUCAGCGCCACUAUCACCACAUAAACAUAGAGAUGAACUGGACUGAAGCUCAGAAAUACUGCAGAGAAAACUACACAGAUCUGGCCACAGUCAACAACAUCAAUGACAUGAAUCAACUGAUGAAGAGUGUGAAUAACAGUCAGACUAUUGUCUGGAUUGGACUGAAAAGAUCAGGUGUUUGGAAGUGGUCUCUGGGUGAUCCUGUGAAAUAUACAAACUGGUAUAAUGGUGACUCAAAUGGUCCAGAUCAUUGUGUUUAUAUGAGAGAUGGAUCAUGGCAUCAUCAGGACUGUGGUCAGAAGUUAAACUUCAUCUGCUACAAUGGUGAUAAAGGAUUCAUCAUCGAAACCUCUAAUAAAACAUGGAGAGAUGCUCAGAUCUUCUGCAGACAGCUUCAUACUGAUCUGAUCAGUGUGAGGAAUCAGACUGAGAAUCAACAGAUUCAGAAGAUCAUGAAGGACAAAAACAUAUCUGAAGUCUGGAUUGGACUGUUUAAUGAGAUAUGGGAGUGGUCAGAUAAGAGUUACUCUGAAUUCAGAUACUGGGUGCCUGGUCAACCUGAUAAUGGUCAUGGUGGUACGGAAGAUUGUACAGAGGUUGUAAUGUAUUAUGGGGGUCAAUGGUAUGAUGUGUCUGGCAGUAUCUCGCGUGCAUUUGUGUGUCAUGAAGAUAAUCUAAUAUUGAUCCAGAAGAAUCUGAGCUGGUCUGAAGCUCUGAGAUACUGCAGAGAGAAUCAUGUGGAUCUGGUUUCAGUUGAUUCAGAGAAGAUUCAGCGCUGGUUGACUAAAGUGACUGAAGAGUCCUCUACUGAUGCUGUGUGGAUGGGGUUACACUAUUACUGCCAAAUGAACCUCUGGAUCUGGAUACGAGGAGAGGCCGUGUGCUAUCAGAAUUGGGCUUCAGGGAACGAAACAAAUCUGAUGGACUGUAACACUGAACACAGAGCUGGAGCAGUUCAGUCUGGAGGAGAUCAUCUCUGGAUCAGCCUUCCUCAAUCUCACAAACUCAACUUCAUCUGUAGCAGAAAGAAAUGAAAUCAGACUGUAUGUGUCUGUAACCUUCUGUAUAUUUUCUCUAUGCUAUUUCUUAUGUCUGUGUUGAUUUACAACAAUGCUGCACUAACUUCUAAUAUCUGUUCUGAUUAACAUAUAAUAAGUACAAUUUACUCAGCUGUAACUUAAUAAAAACUAGAAGUGACACUG